AUGGAACCAUCUAACCUCUCUAGUUUUCUCAAUACAAAGUUCUUUGAAACUGAUGUUUUAAAAGAAAAUGUAGAAAAAACUCAGUAUGAUAACGUAAAACGUAAAACAAAAUUAUAUUUAGAUAGCAUCAAAGAGAAGUUUCUCCAGGAUACAUCAAGCUCAAAAAAGACUCCAGCCAUUAAUAAAAGUCUAUUCAUUCAGAAGAAUGCUCUGUUUAUUCAUAAAAAGUCAAAUACUCCUCAAAUAUCAAGAAAUAUUACAACUAGUAAAUGGUCUAAUACUAUAGACACAAUUAUUUUUGCAAUUUUUGAAACCCCGAAUACUUUAUCAAAUAAAAUUGGUAGUUGUAUUGUUAAUUUUAAUACUGGGGAAUUAAUUUUCUCUGAAAUGAUUGAUACUUCAAUUUUUAUCAGAAUAUUGCAUAAAAUUCAGGUUUAUGAACCAACCUUUAUAGUUACGCCUAGUUCUUCAUCCUCCCCUUACUAUUCAAAACUAAUUACCAUUUUAAAAAAUAAUAUUCCAGAGUGUACUAAAAUGAAACAUAUACCAAAUAAAACAUUUUCUAGUGAAAAAGGCUUCGAGUUGAUAAAAGAACAUACUAUUGAAAAGGAAAAAUUUGAUUCAUUAUACGAAGAAAUUCAUGAAAAAAAAUAUGCUCUUGCUGCUGUAUCUGGAGCCAUGUGGUUCAUUAUGAAUAAUUUUGAUCAAAAAAUAAGCAAUUCUACUUUUGCUUUUCGGUAUUUUAGAAUUCGUUUUGAAAAUCCGGAAGAUACAAUGCUAAUUGAUUCUCAAACCAUUCGCACCCUUGAAUUAGUUGAGAAUAAGAACGAAAAAACAGGUCUUUCACUUUUCAGUUUUCUAAAUAGCACUUGUACACCAAUGGGAAAACGAUUAUUAAGAAACAAUAUUUUACAGCCCCUUACACAUCAAAAAAAUAUUAUGUUGAGGUUAGAGUCUGCUUUUGAACUUGCGAAAAAAAGAGAUAUAUUAACAGAUACGACCAAAGAGUUAAAAACAUUUGAAGACUUGGAUAAGCUUUUUUCUAAAUUACUAUUUUCAAAUAGUGUUAGUGGAGUCGUAGAUCAAAAAAUAAAUUAUAUUUUAGCACUCAAAAAAACGAUUCUUUCUUCAAAAAAAAUAUAUUUAUUAUUUGAAGCUGACAACACCCAGUCUAAUCUUCUAAAAGAAAUCAGAAAUAUAUUAUCCAGUGAAACCCUAUUGGGAAUAACAGAUUUAGUAAACACAUAUAUCAACGAAGAUUGUAUUUGGGCUAAUAAUAGCUAUGAAUUACAGAAACAAAAAUGUUAUGCAGUAAAAAGUGGAUCUAAUGGUUUAUUAAAGGUGUCAAGGGAAGUUUACAGAAACAUUUUGAAUGAAAUUUUGGAAGAUAUAAAAAUGUUAAGUACUAAAUAUCAUCAUAAUAUUGCUCAUGGAUAUGAAACUAAAAGAGGCUUUUUUCUAAAGAUAAAAAAACCGGUUAAUUCAAAAAUUAUCGAUUUACCUUCAAUCUUUAUUAACAAAAGCAAUAAAAAAUCUUAUAUAGAAUGUUCAACAAUAAAUUUAUUAAAAGCUAAUGCUAGAUUACAUGAAGCUUUUAACGAAGUGUUACUUAUUAGUGAACAAAUCAUUGAUGACCUUUUUGACAAAAUAAAAAAUAAAAACAUAUCUUCCUUAUUCAUGCUAGCAGAAGCUAUUGCUAUGUUAGAUAUGCUUUGUUGUUUUGCUAGUAAUACGAUUAAAUAUAAAUAUUGUAAACCUGUAUUUGCUGACUUUUUAUAUGUAAAAAAGAGCAGACAUCCCAUUUUAGAAAAUCAUAUUUCUCCAUUUAUUUCUAAUGAUAUACUGAGUAUUAAGGGAAGUUCCAAUUUUCAUAUUAUCACAGGUUGCAAUGCUAGUGGAAAAUCCGUUUAUCUUAAACAGAUUGCGUUACUCUCGAUCAUGGCUCAAAUAGGAUGCCUGAUACCUGCAACUUCAGGAACCCUUCCUAUUUUUAAAAAGCUUCAUGCUAGAAUUUGUAAUGAUUCAAUGGAAAUCAAUAAAUCCAAUUUUGCUUUUGAAAUGAAAGAAAUUAUAUAUUACCUAGAAAACAUAUCGUGUGAUUCCUUACUUAUUAUAGACGAGUUAUGCCGAGGAUCAGAUAUAAACCAGGGAUUAGCAUUAGCAUUAUCCAUAGUUGAAUAUAUGCUGAAUAUUAACAGUACAGUAUUUUUAUCAACCCAUUUUAUGGAACUACCAAACUUUUUUAAAACCCGGAUUUCCACUAUACAUCUUAAUAUGAAAACAGUAAUUGACCAAAACAAAAAAUUAAAAAAAUGUUAUAGUCUCUGUAGUGUUAUUUCUGAAAUAAAGAAUUAUGGAAUUCUUUCAGUUUGUAGUGUAUUAAAUGCUUCUAUUAUUGAAAAAGCUUACAAAAUAACAAAUCUUCUAUCUAGCUCGCAGAAUUCUUCACAUUUAUUAACAGAUUGUGCUGCAUCUGACAAAGGAACUCUAAUUAAAGAAAUGAAAAAAAUCAACAAUACGAUUUCAGUGAUAUUUUCCUUCUUGUCGGCCAACGAGACAAUUUCUUCCGAUGAUAUAAAAGACAUACAAACUAAGAUUAUAGAAAACAUGUAA